AUGUCUUCUGUCAAGGUGUCAGAAACUUCUGUCAAAACUUUUCAGUCAAAAAACUUUUCAGUCAAAAAACUUUUCUGUCAAAACCUUCUCCAAGAAACACCUUUGACAGAGGCCAUUUCUACUUUUGCAGAGGUUGAGGAUCCUGCUGCAUCCAAAGAGCACAUGAGUCAAUCAGAUUUCCUGGAAAACAUGCAGAUUUCUACAACAAGGUCUCAGCAUGUGCUCAGGCAGGGUGGAGACCGUUUAUCCACUGCUGUCAUCCUUGACCAACACCAGGAAAGUCAAAAACAAAACCAGGGAGGAUAUAUUUCCUGCCCACUUGCUCUUGCACAAGUGAAAGAGGUUCCUAAAAGCCUGAUUCGAGCAUUCAGCAGGAUGGAAACAGGGGAAGAAACUCCUCUGCCUGGAAUUGCCUGGAAUGGGUAUUUAAGCAAUUUUAGGCAUGGGACCACAGCAGGCAGCCACUUGUCAAACACAACCUCAGCGGUGACAACAACAAUCACAGCCCCCUGGCUGGAUGGUGCCAACUCCAGUGAGUACCCCUACGAGUACCUGGACGAGGAGGAUUACGGGCAGCAUGGGCUCUGCACCAAGGAGGAGGUGCUCUCCUUCAGCAAAGUGUUCCUGCCUUCAUUUUACACCGUGGUCUUCCUGCUCGGGAUGGCCGGGAAUGCCCUCCUGUUCAUCGUCCUCAUUAUGUACAUCAGGAAGAGGAAGAAGAUGACUGAGGUGUAUCUGCUGAACCUGGUGGUUUCAGACUUCUUCCUGCUGCUGACCCUUCCUUUCUGGGCUCUGUACGUUUCUCAGGGGGUCACCUGGGAUGUUUUGUGCCCGGUCUUAAAUGCCAUGUACACUCUUAACUUCUACAGUGGCAUCUUUUUUGUGAGCUGCAUGAGUCUGGACAUGUAUCUGCAGAUAGUUUAUGCUUGCUCUGCUCACAGCUCCACGUCAUGGAGGAAGUCCAUCCUUGGCUUGUUGGUGGUGUGGAUCCUUUCCAUACUUCUCUCCAUUCCUGAUGGCCUCUUCACCAGCACAAGGCAAAUCCACAAUAAAACCACCAUGUGCACCCAGGAUUAUGGCCAGGACCACUUAUUUUGGAAAGUUGUCUUUCGGGUCACUCAAAACAUCCUGGGCUUCCUUUUACCCUUCCUCUUCAUGGUGUUCUGCUACUCCCGCAUCGCCUGUGUCCUCAGCACGUCACAGCUGCCUGGCUCCAGGAGAGCUCUCUGCUUGGUCUUCACUCUGGUGGGUGUCUUCUUUGUCCUGUGGUCUCCCUACAACAUUGUCCUCAUCCUCCACUCCCUGCAGGAUGUCGGUGUGAUCAGGAGCUGUGAAAGCAGCAGGAAGCUGGACUACGCCAUGCAGGUCACGGAGAGCUUGUCCUUUGUCCACUGCUGUCUCAACCCCUUGCUCUAUGCUUUUGUGAAGAAACGAUUCAGGUCCUACUUGUGGAAGAUCCCUCAGGCCAUCUUCAGGAGAAGUGGUUUCUUUCACAUCCAGCCCUCAGAGACAAGCCCAUCUUGCAGCAGAUACGUGGCUGAGAUAGAAAUGUUGAGUGUCACAACUGUAUCAUAAAUAUUUACAUUAUUUACACUGUGUGUGUGCCCUCUGUGCUGCAUUUGGUCCUGGCCAUGGGAUGGAGUUGGUGUGAGCCCACAACGCUUCGUAAUCAGACAGUUCAUCCAAGAACCACCCUCGAGAUGAGGAUUUUCCGUGUUGGGAUUGGGAAAGUACUUGUGGGAUUUGUUUCUGUUGAUACAAAACUGGGAGGAGCUGUUGACUCCCUGGAAGGCAGGGAGGCCCUGCAGAGAGACCUCAAAAAAUCAGAGGGCUGGGUAAUCACCAACCAUGGGAAGUUCAACAAGGGGAAGUGCUGGAU